GUUAACAGUAGUACCAACUAGGUACACCGCUACAGCCCGCGAUCCGCGCCCGUUUCGCGCCAGUAUCAGUGCAACCGCGAGAUACGCGCACGCACGCACAGCGCCCAUCGCCGGCCUAUGUGAUCUCAUUCAGAAACUCAUAUCCUGACAGAUUGAUUAUACGUAAGUGAAGAUGUCUGACGAAGCCAAGCCUGCAGACGCAGUGGAGCAGGUGACCCAGGAAGUGAAGGACGUCAAGUUGGAAAACGGCUCCGCGCCCGGCGCAGACGCCGGCGCGGCCAACGGAACGCCUAAGAGCGAGGACAAUGCUGUGCCGUUCAAGGAUGCCUUCAAAGCUUUCUCCAAAUUCGGUGACCCGAAGUCAGACGGCAAACAUAUCACGUUGUCACAGAGCGACAAAUGGAUGAAACAGGCAAAAGUGAUCGACGGGAAGAAAAUCACUACCACUGACACUGCCAUCCACUUCAAGAAGCUCAAGUCCUUGAAGGUCGGCAUAGAAGACUACCAGAAAUUCCUUGACGAUCUCGCGAAGAGCAAGAAGAUAGAACUCGACGACAUUAAGAAGAAGCUUACGUCUUGUGGACAGCCAGGAAUUUCAUCGCAUGUAACAAAGUCGCAAGCGGCAGCAGCAGCUGUGGACAGACUGACUGACACCAGCAAGUACACAGGCUCGCACAAACAGCGGUUCGACGAGACCGGCAAAGGCAAGGGAAUCGCCGGCAGGAAGGACCUCGUCGACGGGUCCGGUUACGUCACCGGGUAUCAACACAAGGACAGUUACGGCAAAAGCCACUAACCACACGAACUCUGAAAGAAGUGUGAAGCCCCAAGUGUCGCCGGCGGCGUCGUGAUAACGAGACGCAAGAAGAUUGAAACCGAGCUUCGGUUCAACGAUUUUAAAUGUCCUGAACAUGUCCUAUAUUCCUAAUUACGUCCUUCUCAAUUUUAUUCUGACUGUAGAUCUCUAAAUUUUAAUUGUGUGCGACGCGACGUUACGCUUUUGUUCAGUAAUUUUACAUAAGAUGCAAAAAUAAGUAUUUUAAUAUUUGUGUCGCAUGAUUCCAUAAGACAAUAUAGACACGUAAUUUCGUAAUAGAUGAUCCUUUUACACUUAAAAACUAAGUUAUAUAAUUUUGUAAAUUCUAAAGUAUAUAUUUGUAAAUUAUUUAAUUUAGCAAGUACAUAGUACUAUAUAUUACUCUCGCAAUUAACUGAAGCUUUGUAUGUCGUGCGGUGUUGACAUUCCUUCUACGUAGUUUGAAAGGAUAUAUUUUAUUAUUCUAUCCAGACAGUAAGGCAUGAACCAAUAUUUUUACAUCACUAUUUUUACGGGAAUAAGUAUCUUAGGUGUCUAUGAGUUGCAUGUUUGAUGUCUAGUCGUGAGUAGUUAGAGUGUACACAUUUUCGAAAUAAUCUGAUUACAAGAUACAUACAUACAGUUUAACUUUUCUAGCGUUUAAACUAGGCAUCAUACUGUUUAAUAAGAUGUAAUACACGUAAGCUCGAACAGUACAAAACAAAAUUAUGUACAAAAUCGAGAUGUAAGUUGAAAUGCACACUUUGAAAAGCGAAUUCUUUUCUUGGUUAUUUAUUUCUAAAUGUUCUAAAUAUUUAUUUCAACGCAUUUCACUUUCGAAUCCAAUGUCUGCCAUAUAUUUUUGUAUUUUUUUUUUUAUUCUGAGGGCCGAGAUCUUGGGAUCUUUUUCACUUUAUAAAUACAAAGUAUAAUCGUUAUGAAGACUUGUGUAUUAUCCAAUGUAUCCAUGUCACAACGCUGUAAAUAACAAUAACCUAGCUUCUUGUGAAGGAAUAAUUGUAAGUUUACCACUAACCAUUUAUUUACCAUGGAGCUUUUACAAACGUUUCGGAAUAUGUUUGACAUGAUCUCAGUGCCCCUGGUAAAGUAGGGUGGGCAGACAUACUACAAACCCCAGCAGACCAACAAGCACUGUAUCUUAAGCAAUCACUGUAAUUUAUACGUAUUUUAUUUGAAGAUAUCAAGGUAAAAUGUACCUCAGAAUUUAAUUGUUUAAUAAUAAAUAAUAAACAAACUUAAUAA